AAGAUGGUGUGAAAAAUGAUAGCCAAAGUCGCUCUUUGUCCUCCACUCCGAUCGCUUCGAUUCUUCAACUCUCUCUUCUUCUACGAAACCCUAGCUUUUAGAGAGAGAAAGUGUCUCUCUUCCAUGGCCGCAGUAGAUGACGAGCAGUAUGGGUUCAAGCGGCAGGAGAUGUAUAGCGGCAGCCUCGCCGGCUCCGUCAGUCCGUACGAUCGCCAUGUCUUCCUCUGCUACAAGAGUCCCGAUGCGUGGCUCUCACGCGUCGAGAAUGAAGGUCUCCCGAAGCUUUUCGCCUCCUCUUUCAAGGCUCGCAAAGCCGAUAUCUCUGUCGAGACGAAACUGACGAUUUGUGGAGGAGGUGAAUCGGAUGGGGACGUGUUGAUUUUCCCGGAAAUGGUCAGAUAUAAGGGACUUAAGGACACGGAUGUGGAUGCUUUUAUUGAAGAUGUGCUUGUGAAUGGGAAACCAUGGGGCUCUGGGUUCCAGGAGGAGUUAACUGGUUCCUAUGUGUUUGUGUGUGCUCAUGGUAGUCGGGACAAGAGAUGCGGUGUUUGUGGACCGGCCUUAAUAGAGAAGUUUAAGGAGGAGGCAGAUUCGCAUGGACUUUCAGGUCAGAUCUUCGUUGAGCCAUGCUCUCACGUCGGUGGACACAAGUAUGCUGGCAAUUUGAUCAUCUUCAGUUCUGAUUCAGCUAGAAAUGUGUCUGGCCAUUGGUAUGGCUAUGUAACUCCUGAUGAUGUGCCCGAAUUGCUUGACCAGCAUAUCGCUAAAGGAGAAAUCGUACAAAGAAUUUGGAGGGGCCAAAUGGGACGGCCAGCAGGCGAAACUGCAAAAGGGGAAGAGCAGAAUCUGGCAAACGGGAACAGCAUUGAAGGGAGCAACGGAUUGACGGGAGGCUGUUGCCAGGGUGUAAAUGGCGUUUCGUGUUGCCAGGGAGAAAAUCCAGAACCAGCCAAGAAGAAGGAAACCUGCAAGCCACCGGGCUGGUUCAGGUCCCUGGAGAAGGACGAGGUGUUCUUGGCGGCUGCAGUGGUUGGAGCCGUUGCAACAGUGGCUGUGGCUUACAGCUUUUACCGAAGGUCAGGAUAGAACCAGAACGCACCCUCGCCAUUGGAGCUUUUCAUCUACAAGUAAUAAGCCUUUUUUCCACCCCCACUUUUUUUUGGGGGGUAUAAAGCCGGAGGAUAGUAGUUUUUUAUAAUUAAAAAAAAAAAAAGGAGAAGAGAAACAUGAAAGGAAUAAUCUUUCGGGACCAUGUUUUUGUUUUGUUUUGUUUUAUUAUACUGAGCGAUAUGGUUUGAUGCACAUCAAUUAUGGUAAACAAAACCCAAUAAUAUGGUUGUGCUACAUUUUUCUUGGAUGAUUGUGUGUAUAUAAGUAGAUUGGAUUA